GGGGCGAUGAAAAUUCGGGAAGAGACGGACGCGACGGAGGGGCAGGGGAAAAGAAAUUGCUUUUACUGACGUGCUCUAAACGGCAUGGUGGUCGUUCGAAAAGAAGAGCACCGUCGUUUUUGUCGAGGCCCCCCUCCUAAUAGCCAGACCGAGCAUUGCUAGAUAGGACAGCCGCUUAAGUUCUCCUGGUACCAGGUUGCCGAAGGAGGUCACCCGGUCACCCAGAUGAGGUUCUUUGCCCGUUGUUACCUCCGCACCUCGGCCAAUGGCGUGGCACCUCAUCGUCGCCGUGGCGAAUCCUGUCGCCAGUUUUCGUGCCGACCGCCAGCCGAUCGCCGAUCCGAGACCCGCGCCCGGCUUUGUGUGCCCAGAUUUAAGCUGCUUCAUUCCUGGGCAGGAUCUCCAGGCCUUCUCGACGUGUGAAUCAUCUCUCUCGCUAGUUUCUCGUCUGGUGCCGCGAGUUUUCCACCGAUCGUCCGUCGCGAGAACCGUCGUCUCUCAGUCCGUUGCUCCCCUAGCCACGAGAGAAUCUUCGGAAACAAGGAUCAUCGUCGUCGUCGGUGAUGGCUGUCAGGUUCACGAUCCUGGUGCUGUUGACCACCGCGGUCGUCGUGGUGUCGUCCGCUGGACUGCUCGAGACGCUGCUCUCCUGGGACCUUCCGGAUGCUGUGGGCAGAUCGACCACGCCGCAGUCCCAGUGCCUCUGCCAAACCACCAACUGCCUAUGCUGCAUCGAUCUGAAUCUGACGGCGACCAUCGAUUUGGGUGGACCGGCGUGCAUCAACGUCAAGCAAAAGGAGCAGAACGUCUCGUUGAACCUCAGCUACGGCGACAAUCCCGUGCACAAUGCCACCAUUAAGAUCGUGGACGCGUCGAACAGGCCGACCUGCAUGAACCUUCUGUCGGACCUGGCGCAGAUAUGCGCGAAAUUUACGUCGAUGAGACAGUCGGAAGCCGGUUACGACGGUUGCCUGGUGAUCGAGCCGGCUCUGUUGGGCACACCGCAAGCCACUUACCACAUGGGAUGCUUCAAUUUCAAUCAGGUGGUGCGGCAGAUCGAAGCCUCUGCCGCCAUCGAGACGACAGAGGCCACCGAGACCACGGAGGACGAGGACGACUCGUUGAACACCGAGGAGUUCAUAGCGGCGGUGUCAGCCAGCGCGGAACAGGGGAUAGCUCUCUUCUCUCAAUGGCUCGGUUUGAAUCUGAAUCCGAAGCUAAAUCUGACCAACAGCAGGAACAGUCAAGACGCGAGCGGGCAACGUUCCACACCAUCGACCACGUCCAGGUCCGCUCGAGCACACUGGGACCAAGAAGAGAAGAACGACGAACGGUUCAAGCAACUGCUCAGUGCUCAAGACAACGUGUUGAAGGGGUCGGCGACGAUCGGCCAGUCGAACGGAGCCGAAACCACGUUCGUUUAUUCGAAACCCCCGGAAUUGUUCUCGUCGGAGAAGAGCUCGGACGAGAGAAUGACUCAGGACCCGAUGAAAAUUGUACCGCAAGAGCUGGCGGUGGUGCCGAAGGAGUCGAGGAGAGGCGGAAGAGCGUACAAUAUUCAUCAACACGUGAACGAGAUCUGAAGCCCGUUGCCUUCCGAAUUCGACUCGAUCGAUUCAGGAUGAUAAUUAAAACGUAGAGUUUAGGCUAUCUCACACGUAGAUCGUAUUCUCAUGACGAGUUAGGGGCAGAAUUUUAUUACCGUUGCCCUCCUUUCCCUUCGUACCUCGUUGCUUACUCCAUUUUUCUUUAAUUCUCGACUAACCAACGAACGACCACGCUUCGCCAUCGGGCUAUCGUUCGUUCAUUUCGAGGAGACUGGUCGACUCUCUCUCUCUCUCUCUUUCUCUCUGAUCAUCUCUGUCAGAAUGAUCUCUCGCAAUUGUGAUCGUUUUUUCUUCUCCCUCUCCGCGUAAAUUUCUUUCGCUCGAAGCAUCGCUAACGCUCGCGGUUCUUCGAGGAUGUACGACGAGUUUGGAUGAACGAAACGAACCACCAAUCAUAAUUGUUAACGGGGAAGAAGUGAAGUAAGAUAUAUAUAUAUAUAUAUAUAUAAAACAUACGUGGAUGUUUAUCACAGGAGAGUGUGCAGUUACGAUGGCUGCAAGCUCGAGCAUUAUGCGAACUAUUUAUUUAUUUUCUCGAUUCCGCAUAGUAAGUAGAAAAUACAGUAAUUAUCCUGCAAGUAGUUCGUGUCCAUGCAACAAUAUCGAGUUGUACUUACACAUAUUUAUCGUCAAACAGAUGUAUAUAUAUAUACAUAUACAUAUACGCCAUCGAGCGAUAAAAAUUUCUUAACGCGUUCAUCUCCCCAAUUAAAAAAAUAACCGCACUGCCCCUCUAAACACACGUCGUGUGCGUGGAUCGUCGAUUGAUCGUGGAAAGACCUUUGUAGAGCAUCGAACAGAAUGAGGUCGAACGAUUGAUAACCACCGUUCUUCUGCCGAAUAUAAUAUAAUAUAGGAUAUAUAUCGUGCACGAAUCAAGCGACGCAAACAUUGACAAUGUAACAGGGUAGAAAUUACGAACGAAUCAGAUCGUUGUAAUCGUUUUUGGAUAUGCAUAUGGUUAAUAAAGCCAAAAAGAAACGGUUCGA